AUGUUAUCAAGUCUUUUGCUAAGAGAAUUACGCACUUACUUUGGUAAAAGAGGAUACGUAACGAUAAAUCAUAGCAAUAAAACUGGGAAAAUGUCGCUCGAACAAGCUAAACAGGUGGCGGCUUAUCGUGCUGUUGAUGAAUUCGUAAAAAAAGACUGUAUUUUUGGCGUGGGAAGUGGUUCCACUGUAGUUUAUGCAGUACAGCGUCUUGCAGAAAGAGUCGAAUCAGAAAAUUUAAAGGUAGUUUGCAUUCCAACUUCAUUUCAAGCGAAACAAUUAAUCAUAAAACAUAACCUCACCCUAGGAGAACUCGAAACUAAUUCUGUUAUUGAUGUUACAAUUGAUGGAGCUGACGAAGUUGAUGCUAAUAUGACAUUGAUAAAAGGAGGAGGGGGCUGUUUACUACAGGAGAAAAUUGUUGCCUCAUGUUCUAAGAAACUUAUUGUUAUAGCAGAUUUUACUAAAGAUUCUCAGAAAUUAGGAGACAGAUAUAAAAAAGGAAUACCAAUUGAAGUUAUUCCUAUGGCAUAUGUGCCAAUAAAAAAUAAAAUUAUUGGAAUGUUUGGCGGUGAAAUUAAAUUACGUAGUGCAAUUGCGAAAGCAGGGCCGGUAGUAACAGAUAAUGGAAACUUUUUAUUGGACUGGAUGUUUACAAACCAAGAUAUGGAUUGGGAGAAAGUUAGCACUCAAAUUAAAAUGAUUCCUGGUGUGGUUGAAAUUGGACUGUUUGUUAAAAUGUGUCAAAAAGCAUAUUUUGGACAACCAGAAGGCACAGUUGUUGAACGCAUGGUUUAAUGUUCCUACGUAGAAAUAAAUAUUAUCUAAAUGAAUCUCUUUUUUACAAUAUAACUUUUGUACUUUUAA